GUGUGCCACACCAGCUGCUCAGGUGUGCUUCAUGUGCUUUCUCAGGUGUGCCACACCAGGUGCUCAGGUGUGCUUCAUGUGCUUUCUCAGGUGUGCCACACACGGUGCUCAGAAGGCGCGCGUGGCGCUGCUCGUUGCUGCUGCAGCGUGGCACACAGUGCUUCCUCACAGCAUCCACCAACCCCCGCCCCCCGAAGCCUCUCAAUCCCUCUUCCCCCUUCCCCCUCGCAGGGGCGGGCGCACAGUGGUGCUGACCAUCCACCAGCCGUCGUUCCGCAUCACGGCGCUGCUGCACCGCAUGGCUCUCCUCGUGGGCGGCCAGGUCGCCUUCCAUGGCGCCACGCCCGCCCUGCGCGCCCACCUCGCCGCACUGCACCACCCCGUGCCCCCGCAUGUGAGUCCGUUUGAGCCGCCUCAAAGGUCUGCUGCACCGCUUGGCGCCUCAAAGGUCUGCUGCACCGCCUGGCGCUGCUCAUCAGCGGCUCCCUCGCCUUCCACGGCGCCACUCCCACCCUGUGCUGCCACCUUGCAGCUCCGCACCACCUCGUGUGAGUCUCACACCCCGUGCCCAGCAUGGUGCCUGCUGGCUACGCACGGCAGUUUCCCGCCCUCUUGCAAGAGAGUGCACAGCGGUGGGAGUCCCAGUGCGCAAGACGGUGCGCAGCCGUGCAGUAACACUGGUGCUGCACCCCUUGUUGCCCGCCACCAGGUGAACCUCCUCGAGUUCGCCCUCGACCCUCUGCCUCGCAUCACUGCUGCUGCUGCUGCUGCUGCUGCUGCUGCUGCUCAUGGCAAGUCAGAGGCCCUCACAGACGCUCCCCCUACCGCGCCCUCCCUAGGGGCUAACCUGAAGCACCAGCUUGGGAAGCUCGUAGCUGGGGGAAAGCAGUGCUUGGGGGUUGCGGGCGAGGGGCAGGGCAGUGGGAGCAGUGAGGCAGGCAGCAGUGGGGCAGAGGGCUAUAGAGGGGGGAGGGCGGGGGAGGGGAGGGUGGGGGAGGGGAGGGCGGUGGGCGAGUGGGAGUAUGCGACGAGCGCCGUGA